AUGGGCAAAAUUGAUGAUCUCUCAAGCCUCUCAAAGGGUGAACUUCUUCAGCUUGCAAAACUUGCUGAACACGCAGAGCGAUACGAAGAAAUGGUAGAAUUCAUCAGAGCUUACGUUCAAAAAGACAGAGCCGCGCUGUCCACUGAAGAUAGAAACCUCCUCUCAGCUGCCUACAAAAAUCUUGUAGGAAACAGAAGAACCUCAUGGAGAAUUCUAAAUUCCAUUGAGCAAAAGGAAACCAAACGUGGAAAUGAUGAAAACAAGCAAAGAGCUGGCGACUACAAACUUAGAGUUGAAAAUGAGCUAAGAAGCUUUUGCAGAGAAAUUCUUAGACUAAUCGACACUGACUUGCUUCCACAAUCAGCUGACGACGAAAGCAGAGUUUUCUACCUCAAAAUGAAAGGCGAUUACUAUAGGUACAUCUGCGAGUUCACUCUUGGACAAGCUAGAGAUGAAAGCUCGAAGAAUGCACUUGAGUGCUAUCAGCAAGCAAUGACACUUGCAGAAACUGGCCUGGACCCAACCCACCCAACCAAGCUCGGACUUGCCUUGAACUUCUCGGUAUUCAAGUACGAGAUCCUACAAAACCCAUCCGAAGCCUGUGCAAUGGCCAAGCAAGCCUUUGACGACGCAAUCCCUAGCUUAGAUACCUUAACUGACGAGGCAGCUUACAAAGACGCAACCAUGAUCCUCCAACUUUUAAGAGACAACUUGACCCUUUGGCAGUCAGAAGAAGCAGAAAGCUAA